AUGCUCGACGCGAUCUCCCAGUAUGACUCCCGCGACCUCAUCAUCGCGGCUCUUGUCGUAUUCGUCUCCUACGCGAUCGGCAACGCAGUCUACCAGCUCUACUUCAGCCCGCUGUCGAAGUUCCCCGGCCCAAAGAUAGCAGCCGUCACGCUGUGGUACGAGAUCUACUACGACGUGUUCAAAUGGGGCAGAUACUGGGUAGAAGUGCAGAAGAUGCACGAGGAAUACGGCCCCAUCGUCCGCAUCAGCCCGUCCGAACUCCACGUCGCAGACCUCGCCUUCAUCGACACCCUCUACACCCGCUCCGCGCCCCGCGACAAACACUCCUUCAUGACCCGCCAGUUCGGCAACGACGACACCACCUUCAGCACCACGGCGCACGCGCACCACCGCCUGCGCCGCGCCGCCCUGAACCCCUUCUUCUCCACCCAGCGCAUCGCCGGCCUGCAAGCCAUGAUCUGGACGCACGUCGAGAAGCUGUGCGCGCGCUUCGACGAAUACGCUGCGGCUGCCAAACCGCUGCCCGCCGGCGACGCCUUCGCGUGUCUGACCGCAGACAUCAUCAUCGAGUACACGAUGGGCUUGCAGCAAAACGCGCUGGACGCGCCGGAUUUCGCGCCGCUGUUCACCCAGGCGGUCAAGAAGUUCGCAUCCAUGGGCGUGUAUGCGAAACACAUGCCAUGGAUCCACGCGCUCACGCACGCACUCCCGCAGCACUGGAUUGCGCGCGUGAGUCCGGAGUACGGCGCCAUGCUGGCGUUUCGACAUAUGAACAACGACCGCGUGGCGGAAGUGUUCGCGCGGCACGAGAAACGCGACGCUUUUGGGGGAGGGGGACACGGUCGCGACGCCGCCACGGCGACCGUCUUCGACGCGCUGCUCACCUCCCCCCUCCCUCCCGCGGAAAAGAAUCUGCAGCGCCUCUCCCAGGAAUCCCAGCUCCUCGUCGGCGCCGCCCUCGACACCACCGCCCACGCCCUGACCACAACCCUGUACCACCUGCUCGCCCACCCCACCGCCCUGCGCACCCUACGCGCCGAACUCCUCACCCUCGGCGACCCGCGCGCGCACCACGCGCUGCCCGCGCUCGAAGCCCUACCGUACCUGACCGCGGUGCUGAACGAGGGUCUCCGGUUGAGCCACGGGUUGGCGUGCAGGAAUGCGCGCAUCGCGCACACCCCGCUGGCGUACGGGGGGUGGGUGAUUCCGGCGGGCACGCCGGUGGGGAUGAGUGCGCAGAUGACACACUUCAACGCUGAUAUCUUCCCCGAGCCGCUGCGGUUUUGGCCGGAGAGGUGGCUCACUUCCUCCUCCUCCGCGCCCAACAACCGCCCGCUAAAAGAUUUCCUCAUGGCGUUUGGCCGCGGCGGGCGGCAGUGCGUGGGGAUGGGGUUGGCGCGGGCGGAGAUGGGGAUCGUUAUUGCGGCGAUCGUGGGGCGGUUUCCGGGGUUGAGGCUGUGUGAGGGGGUGGGCAGGGAGGAGGUGGAUUUGGUGCAUGAUUUGUUUUUGCCGGGGGUGAAGGCGGGGGGGAAGGGGGUGAGGGUUAUGGUGGCGUGA